AUGCAGAUUGGGGAGAAUGACAUUCUGUUGAAUAGUGACGAAGUGAUUGUGCGUGAUAUUUUAUCAUUAGCGUCUUAUCUGCAUUCGGGUGUGGGCAUACGAACAGUCAUUGUAGGCCAGCUUCUACGCCGCCAGCCUUGGGCUUCGUCUUCGGACUUCAACGAUCGCAUCGUCGCCAUCAACGUUAUGCUAAAAGAACAGUGUGCAGCUAUGAACGGUGUACAUUUCUGGCCUCAUAGAGGCUUCUGGGAAGACUUGACAUUCCUGUGCCAUGACGGGGUACAUCUCCGAUGCCCUACCCCAUCGCCUCUUGUUGUGACCGCCUCUCCUAUGCAUCGUUUUUGGCGAAGUGUUCGCUCAGCUAUCUUACAUCAUAGACACAUUUCAGGCCAGUAUCAUUCUGCUUAA